GUCCGAAGACGAAAGCUUUCUGCAGAAAUCUCUCUCUUUUGAUAUUAUUGUUACUACAAGAUCGAAAAAAUGUCUCGCAGCUUGAUUGUGAACAUGGCGUUCAACUGCCCCGAGAUUCAAAUUCUCGGGCCCGUUCAAGAGAGCACGAUUGCCCGUCUCAAUGAGGUUAUUCCUUCGGCGACAACUUCAACUCGCAGCAUUCGCAGCGUCCAGCCGACGUUUCAAUACCUGUCGAACCCAGAUCACUGGAAAAUCACUCUGGAUGGGCAGUUUUGCGACUGUGAAGGCGUGUCUCGCUUGAUGGUUCUGUUGCUCGACGCAUUGGAGGAAGAAGGUGGGUGGACUCUGGUUUCUUCGCAAGCGUCGAGCGCACGAAACGCUGGUGCUCUCCAGCAAGAUUUCGUGGAGAACUACAAAUUGUACUUCUCUAAGUUCGAGGAUGAUGAAUGA